UCUAGCUCUUUUUCCACAGACCUGCCUGGUGGGGAGAUGCUGGUUGAUUUUACUAGAUGUUUUUCAAGCCUUUGGAUCUAACUACUGCGCUCCGCCCCUUACUGUUGCCCGAUGAGACGUUACUCUUUGUUCAGGAUGCGGUGGGGCUGUACGAAGGCAAAUACAAGAUUCCCAACUAUCAGAACGGCCACGCAUAUCUCACAUCCCACCGCGUCUGCUAUGUGGCCGUUGACGAUCCGCGCAAACACUCGGUUGCCGUUGACCUGAAAGAAAUAGACCGAGCAGAUUACCAAGCCGGCUUUCUGAAAUCAUCUGCGAAGAUCACAAUAUACCCGAAACCGCUCAAGAACAAUCUUGACAGAUCGAGAGGUGCAGGCGCCAGCCCAUCGCGGUCUCAGUCGGCUCGAUCGCAGUCCCCGCUUCCUCAAGUAUCGGGACCCCAAAUAAAACCGCCCACGUCUCAGCCUGUGAAUGCUACUUGGAUCUGUCCCAUAUGCUCGUUUGCUAAUCCCGUGCCCUCCAACUUUGACCCUUCAACUGCGACUACGUCCACCAGCAUUCCACCAUGUCUAGCAUGUGGUAUCAAGCCCCCCUUUACCACUAUAUUGAAGGCUGCCAUUGCCGCCGCGGCUAGCCGAGAAGGGCCUGGGAUGAACCAGGUUACCCCUCGACUAGGGCACGAGUCUUUGGCCCCGAGCGGCAGCACGAGGAGUACAGUGUCAGCACAACCGGGUACUCCUAUCUCAUGUCCCAGAUGUACUUUUGUAAAUCAUCCUUCUCUCCUCGAGUGCGAGAUUUGCAGUGCUCCGUUAGCUACUGCAGGCGCAUUGAGACCUACCGGUGGCGAUGACAACCGCUCCGAAUCACCGGCACCCUUUUUCGAACAGGGAACCAUCAAAAACACAGAGAUUACCAGCUGCUUCAAACUGUCCUUCCGAGGGGGUGGUGAAAAGACGUUUCAUGAACGGUUGAAAGGUACCUUAAUCCAACGAAAGUGGCUCUUGUAUGAUGCUCCACCUGUACCUCAACAGCCUGCGCGAUCCACCCCCUCUCCUAAUCUGGCUGUGACGGCCCCCCUGGAUGAGAUCCUGCCCGUGCAAACCCGGUCACCUGCCGUAGGGAUUGCAGGUCUCGAACAACGAGGACUCGAGGCGCGCAGGAACAAUGAAAUGGUCAUUGGGAAUGCGUUCGAGGAUCUCGAAGCCCUUAUGGCAUCUGCAAAACAGAUUGUCGCACUUGCAGAGACACUUGCGAGAGAGUCGGGGAUGGCCAACGACGAAAACUCUUUGGAGGCUAGUACAGUACUUUCGGAGUCAGCUGCGGCGCUGGGCAUGAUUACAACCAAGGAUAUGCUGGGUUCUGGCGCUGAGAAUCUUUACUUGUCGGAGCUAUCCCGGAACCUUGCUGAAUAUCUGACCGAUGACCGUAAGGGGAUCUUACAACGAGAAGGUGGUAUAAUCAGUCUCAUUGAUCUCUGGGCCAUUUUCAAUCGAUCUAGAAAUGGGGUGGAGCUGGUCAGCCCUUCUGACUUCCAGAGAGCGGCAGAACUGUGGGAAAAGUUGAAACUACCCGUCCGCCUGCGGCGGUUCAAGAGCGGCCUUCUUGUGGUUCAAAGGUACGACUGGACGGACGAGAAGAUCAUCCGACAGCUGCAGGAAUGGAUGGUAGAACUUCGGCAUAUUCCUCCUCUAGAACCCGUGGCCUGGGACUGGCGCUUAUUUGGACGUGCAGUCACCGCACAGGAGGCCGCUCAACGGUUCAAGUGGAGCGUCGGAGUUGCAGCGGAGGAGCUUGAGAUGGCCGAAGAUAAAGGCAUUCUAUGCAGGGAGGAAGGCAUUGAAGGGCUGAGGUUCUGGAGCAACUACAUCACCUUAGAUCCAGCGCCACAGAACCUCGAUGACUUCGGAGUGGGUGAUCUUAUUCUCUAAGACAAUAGAUAUUACAAUGUAUUCAUGAGUGCGUCACAGAGCG